AUGCCGGUACGUUUACUGUUAACAGAAUGAUAAUAACAAAAAAAUUUCAUUCUAUUGAGAAAUCUAUAUAAAUUAAUUGAUGUGAUUAAAUGAUAAAUUAAAAUUGAAUUAAAAAAACUUAUACUCGAAUUGGGAAAGAAGUGUAGGCUGCGAUAGUUCUGAUUCCGUUUAUAUUUCAAUCUUACACGCAACUUCGCGUACUGCGGAAGGGUUUAUAAUAUUCUUAAGAAGAAAUAACAUUCUUAUAGUUAUUUAUUAUAUAAGAUAUAACAAAUAUUAUGUAAUAUAAUAAGAUAAUAUUAUAUUACAUAAUAAUAUUCUUAAGAAGUAUAAUAUCUUUCAGGAAAAAUGUGAGAACUGGUCGACUGUAAAUCUACGAUAUUAAUAAAUAAUUAUAAAUAAUAAUAUUGGCGUGUGUUUAUGUGUGAUGUACAAUUGCAGGCAGUAACGUUGCUUCUUUUGUGCGGUGUCUACGGUGCUUUGGCCGGACGUCGUUACAUCGCCAUCCCGGUGGACGGGAUCGACGUGAUCGAGUUGAGCCCGGUGGCCCCAGCCACAGCCAGGAUCACCAGGCAGACAGAUGCUUACGUUCCAGUAGCAGUUCCUAGUGUCACUCACGAAGAGCUGGCCAGUCCACGACGACCGGAGAGAUCCAACGCCCACAUUCUCGAUUACGUGGAUUUCGGUGGGCAAACCGGCUCGAACGGGGCCUUCAGCUGGUACGCUGAUUAUCCAGCGCAUCAUUAA